UUGGCCUCUCCUGGAGUCAAAAAUAAACUUUUUUCAGAUUGUUUUGUGCACACAUGAGUGAUCAUCAAAGAAGAAUGAUACCAAAUGGUUGCUUCAUUAGAAAGAGCCUUUUUCAUCGCUUAAACAAAGGUUUUAUUCCCUCUGUGGACCGUAAAGUAAAACUAAACAUAGUCUUCUCUUUUUGCUCUUGCGCAUAGCUCUCUUUAUAAAUUUUGGUAGUUCCACUUUAACUACAAUUCUCGGUCUAUAUGGGAUCGAAAGCUACACUUUCUUUUUACUUAUUUUAUGUGUUUAUCCCUCGAGUGCUCAAUCAUGGCCUAAGUGUAAUGAUGUUAUGAAUACAUCUAAUCAUGUCUUUUCCCUUCUUUUCAUGAACUGUUCUCAGCUCCAGUCCCUUAAAUAUCUCUCAGUACCCUCAUAUUGUUUCCCAUAAACCUCUCUCACUCCCUCUUAUUAUGUCAGCUACUGGAACAAAACGAAUCAGCACAAACACUGGACCGGGUCAGAGAGAUGCUUCGGUUAUGCAAACCGCAAUCAAGGGACCUCAGGGUGGUAAGAUCCCUGGGUGCACAACGAGCUGUGGAUUGAGGUUGCCGAGAAAAACUGAAGCCACAGCAGCAAGGAUGAUUAAGCAUCUUGGCUGUAAAUUUGCAAAAGGUUUGCGUCUGGUGGUGAUGAGGAAGAAGAAAAAAUCUCCAACGUCAAAGGGAGGAUCUUCUUCUUUUUCCUCCGGUAGGUCUCAGCCAUCGAUCAUGCCCAUUAGCAAUGACAAUCAUAGAUCAGAGGCUAUAGAAGACUGCAUAGAGUUCAUUAACUCAUCAUCCUCCUUCACCAGAUCAAACUCUACUUCUUAACUCUUUUAAGUUUAAUCACUCCCUUUGUCUUGGUCGUUCAUUGUCUAUUUGCUUAUUUUGUGAGAAUUACAUGUACUUGUCUAGAUAAUAAUGUCUAUGUGACUUUUGUUGAUGUGUACUAUGGCAGUAGUUCAGUAAAUAUGUCUAAUCGUCCUCUUGUUCUUGCUAUUUGGGUUGAAAUAUUCAUCUUUGUUCAUGAGUAGUCAUAUUAUAUCAUUUUCACUCGAUUGGA